CCUGCUCGGGGCACUGAUGCUGUCGGGCGGGCUCUGCGUGAACCAGGAGGAGCGGCUCAUCCACCACCUCUUUAAGGAGAGGGGCUACGAUAAAGAGGUGCGCCCCGUCGUCUCCACUGAUCAGGUCGUGGACGUCUACCUAGCUCUCACCCUCUCCAACCUCAUCUCACUGAAAGAGGUGGACGAGACGCUCACCAGCAACGUAUGGCUCGAGCACAGCUGGACCGAUUACCGCCUGCAGUGGAACAAGUCCGAGUUUGGGGACAUCGAAGUGCUGCGCCUACCAGCCGACAUGCUGUGGCUACCCGAGAUAGUCCUGGAGAACAACAAUGACGGGCUCUUUGAGGUCGCCUACUACUGCAACGUCCUCAUCUACGACACGGGCAGCGUCUACUGGCUGCCACCCGCCAUCUUCCGCAGCGCCUGCCCCAUCAACGUCGACUUCUUCCCCUUCGAUUGGCAGAAUUGCACCCUCAAAUUCAGUUCCCUGACUUACAGUGCCCUGGAGAUCAACAUGCAUUUGAGGGAGGACAAUGACCCGAGUACAGGCAAGGAUUACCCAGUGGAGUGGAUCAUCAUUGACCCUGAAGGCUUCACAGAGAACGGGGAAUGGGAAAUCAUCCACCGCCCGGCCCGCAAGAACAUUCACCCUGACCAGCCCCUCGACAGCAGCGAGCACCAGGACAUCACCUUCUACCUCAUCAUCAAACGCAAGCCGCUCUUCUAUGUCAUCAAUAUUGUCAUCCCCUGCAUCCUCAUCGCCUUCAUGGUCAUCCUCGUCUUCUACUUGCCUGCUGACAGUGGUGAGAAGAUGACCCUGGUGAUCUCAGUGCUCCUGGCCCAGUCUGUCUUCCUCCUGCUCAUCUCCCAGCGCCUGCCCCCCACCUCCCAUGCCGUCCCCCUUAUCGACAAGUACCUGCUUUUCAUCAUGCUGCUGGUGACGGCUGUGGUGCUGAUCUGCGUCGUGGUCCUCAACUUCCAUUUCCGCACCCCCAGCACCCACAUCAUGUCUGACUGGGUCAAAGAGGUGAGUCUUCCUGGAGAGCCUGCCUCGCCUGCUGGGCAUGUCGCAGGCGGCCGAGAGCCCG